UAUUGGUCAUAUAUCAAACAUUACCUAUGUUUUGUUUUCUGUCUACCUACCUGCAUAUUAAUAGAACAAAAUAAUGUUGUCACAACUAGAAGCUGCACUGUUGCGACAUGGUAGUGAUACUAUUCAAGCUACAGUAGAUGAUGAUAGGGAAGAGCAAGAUGAGCUUGUGGAAGAUGAAUACAUAGAUGAGGAGUGUGAGGGAGAUGCUGGUCAGCGUUCAGGAAGACAUUACACUAACAAUGUUGCUUGUAGUAAAACUGUCACUUUACAAAUGCUCCUGGCUGCAGACAUACUGCAACCUGGUGAUGGGACUAUGUCAAUAGAGUACAUGGGCCAAACGUUUAUAGGUGACCUUCUUGAGGAUGGAAAGAUUAGGAGUCAGGAAACGGAUUUAGUAUUUGCUUCUCCAAGCGCUUGGGCCAUCGCCUGUAAAAGGUUUAUAAAUCCAGUGAGAAAAUCUGGUUGUGGCUGGUCAUCAGUAAGAUACAAGGGUAGGAAAUUGGAUGCAUACAAGAUUAUCUGGUAUAAAAGAAAAAAGGAUGAACUAAGCAAUCUGCUUAGAGAAGAAUUGGAAGAAGAGACAUUUAAUGCAAACCAAUGCCACACUAUGACUUCCCCUCAGUUCGUCCAACGCAUCGUCGUUAAACAUAAUACAAUGACGAACAGAACAUUUACACACGAUGCAAACACAAUGAUCGAAUGUGUUCCAUUUUCGAAUUUAGGCAAAAUACAGCCAUUUCUCAUAUCCAUGUCCACAAAUGCUGCACUAUUGAUGGAUUUCCAUUGCCAUCUGACUAAAUCCGAAGUUUCCGGUUAUUUGGCCGGCCAAUGGGAUGUUAAUGCUCAUAACUUGAAUAUAACUCAUGCUUUUCCAUGCCGGAAUACAAAAUCUGAUCGCGAGAAUGCACCGCAAGUCGAAAUGGAAAUAUCGAAAGCCAUUGAUAAAUUGAAAUUGGUAUUGGUGGGCUGGUAUCAUUCGCAUCCAUAUACAGCAGCGGCGCCAACUCUACGAGACGUGGAUGUACAACUGGACUAUCAGAUUAAAAUGAAAGGAUUAAACGACAGCAAUUAUACACCCUGCGUCGGUAUUAUAAUAUCGCCAUACAAUUUCGAGAAUGCCUCGUUAGAAUCCAAUAUAAUCGCGUACUGGGUUAUUCCGCCACCGGAAAAUAAACCAAACGAAUACGGAAGACCUAUGCUUAUGUCCUAUAGCGUUGUUCAAGACUCCACUAUGAGUAUCUGCGUCAAGGAAGAGAUGAAGAAGUGCGUGGAUUAUUACAGCAAGGAUAUGAUAAAAUUUACCGACAAAUACGUGAACACGACGUCCUACAUCGAAAAAUUGAAAAGCUCCUUAAUUUCUAAAUUCCCUUUAGAUUUAGGCGACACGACUCUCUGGCCAUACAUCCGGGAUCUCGUUGGUUGCUCUGUCGACGAAGAAAGUUUACUUUCCAUUCCAAAUGUGAGCAAGAGUUCUCAAAUGCUGCCCACAUUGAAUACUCCAGUUAGUCUCAGCAGCAAUUUGAUGCUCUCCUCUGAUAUAGCCAACGUCUUGUUCAAUUCUGGCAAAUUCCCAAGUGCAUCCAGUCUUCUUGGCCUUCCGGAUCCUAUGGCUCACAGUACAUUAGCUGCUAAUAACAUGUUUUUAUCAACGAAUCUCUUCAAAAUGCAGGAUUUACUUAAACCGGUUUCAACUAGUAGCCCGACUAUAAAAAGUACAAAAUCGGAAACCACCAAAGCGGUACCCCUCAAGAUACCGACGGAUAUAAAAAAACUGGAUUUCUCCAACGAUUUGGCGAAUUUGAUGUCUCUCAAAAAUGCAUACGACUAUCAAUCCAACGACUACAAUACCAGCUUCCAAUCAGAUGGCGCCAUGGACACGAAGAGUAUUUCACUGUCGGACGUUAGUAAAUCGAGUGCGGCCGAUUUCAGUCUGAGCAAAUCGUCGGUUACCGAUUAUAGCUUGAACAAGACAGAUUUCAGCUUGAAUCUCUCUACGAAAGAUUCCGAGACGGACAGAAGCAUCGACCUAGGCAAUAACGAAACCAUGGAAACAUUUCCGAAGUUCAUUGCGCCUGAAGCAAAAACGCAUACUGAUCAACCUAUUAAUUUGGCCUCAAAUACAUAAAUUUUCUUUAUACUUCCUAUAUACUUUUACAAUUAAUUUGCAUGAAAAACAUA